UAAAUAGCUACAUUCUAGAGGGCGCUCCACAUUUUCCUUACUUGGUCAAAGAUUCGCGCGAAAUUUUGUCUUGUACACAAAUCAAAAGAACAAAAAUAUUACUGUCAGUACUCUACGAAGUAAAAGUUGAGACCAAAAUUAUAUACUGUUUUUAGCUGAUCAAAAUUGCAACAUGGAAUUAUCAGACCAUUCCGUGAACGAUGAUGAUGAGUAUGCCGGUACUGAUGACGACAUCCCUCCAGAACCACAGGAACUGCCUCCACUGGAAAUGCCAGAAUCAUCACAAGUAGAAAACCCAAUGGAAGAGGGUGAUAUUGGAGCCAUACUUGAUGCUCAUGCGGCUACUACUGGAGCAAAACAAACACAAGUUCGUGCCAAGAGAAUAGUUCGGCGACCUCAACCUAAACUAGAUCCAGCCAGGUUAUCUGGUGAUCGUGGAAUACCAAUGCUAUUAAAACACUUUGAGAAAGUGAAAUUCAAGGGCAAAGGUUAUGAGACAGAAGAUUUGAACACAUUAAUGCACACUAUGGAACACUGGGCCCACAGACUUUGUCCUCGAAUGACAUUUGAUGACAUCAUAGCCAGAGUGGAAAAACUUGGAACUAAAAAACCAGUUCAGGUGUGUGUGAAGAAAAUCCGAUUGGACAUACCGAUUAUUGAUGAAGAUAUACCAGCACCCGAGAACAUGGGUGCGGAGAACGCUCAGUUAGGAACAGCAGAACCAGCAGUUGACGAAGAGGAAUGGAAUUUUGAUGAUCUAUUUGCAGAUAAGCCAACUACUAAAGAACCAGCCACACCUGCCCAACCACCAUCCCCACCUCCUCUUCAGCCAAUUAGCAAUACUCUGACGGCUGAACAACUGAAACGAAUCGAGGAGAAGAAACUCCUGGCAGCUAAACGUAAGGCUGCAAGAUUAGCACAAGCUGCACAAGGCACACAGAGAACUGAAGAAGACCAGGAAAGCCAAGAAAACCAACAAGAAAAACAGGAAAACCAACAGGACACACUAGAAAAUCAGCAAAGAACUCAGAAAAAACAGGAGUGUCAACAGCCAGAUGACUUUGAACAAUCAGAAAAACAGAAAUCAACAUUCACAGAAAAUGAGGAUGAUUGUGUCAUGGAAAGUGAAAAUAAUGUAGUGGAAAAAAUGGAUACUAAUGAGGUCAUUGAACUUGAAUAACAAUCACUAAUUAAUAGCUCUAAGCAAAGUGUAUAGGAACUAAAAAGAGCACAGUGCACUUGUGAGUGUAAACAAAUGAUACACCCCUUUACUUUGCAAGAUCCGACGCCUACUGCGUUUGGUUAUCACUUUCAGUUACCCAGUAGGGCCCCGCACAAUUUAUGUGUUCCACAUGAUACACUUUCUUCAUAGAGGGCAAUAGUUAGAAUAAUGCUACUAUUAUUAAAAACGAUUGCGUUUUAGUAUCUUACAUGGGGGCACACUUCUAUAAGACAAGCGAACGCAGAGGGUGCACUUUUUGAUGAUAGGAACUUCCAUCGUUACUAGGUAGUGACAUUUAGAAAUGAGUUUUGUGAACUUUUUGAUAUAAUUUACAGAACCAGCUUCUAUGUUAGUGUACCUGUUGAACAAGUAAACAUGCUUGAUUCUUAAUUGUCUAUUGUUGUAAAACCAUGGCUUACAUAAAAUUGCAACAGUGGUUACACUGCAUAGCUGUCCCUAACAUAAUCAGAAAAGUUCCCAAAUUUGACUUAUAAAUCUGCGUCAACAGAUAGUGUAUAGUGACUUUAUGGAAAGCAGUCUUAAUGCAAAACAAGACACUGAAGUUUGAAUGGACAAUUUACAACAAACCGUAAAACCUUGGAUUAAAGCCCAAUGGGCUUAAUCUCGAGGUGAAGCCCAUCUUGAAUUGAAGGCACUUCUUUAGUUUGCAAAAUUAGUCUCGUCAAGAUAGCAUAGGCUUCUUUUCGAGAUAGUACAGUACAUACACUACAUGAUUUUUAAAAAACAAAAUAAAUUGAAAACAAGCUUGGUUUAUACAGUAGUUUUGGUGAUUUAAUACACUCCAUGAUGCAGAAUGAUGUUACAUUGGUCAUAUUUACUUUUUCAUAGUACAAACUCACAAAACUUACAGCAUUCAUUUCGAAAAGCAAAAAAAAAAAAAAAAAUUAGCUCAGGGCCUCAAUUCAAGAUUUUACGGUAUGCUGUCAAUAUAAGCUGUCAGCUAUUGGUGUAUAGUGACUUUAUGGAAACCAACCUUGAUGCGAAACAAGACACUGAAGUUUGAAUGGACAAUUUACAAUAUAUACUGUAUAUUAAUAAAUGUAUUACUUGAAGAUAGAUCAAAGUUUUUAUUUUAUCUGUAUUAUAUCAUCACCAUAGCAGAGGUUCAUCAAGGAGUGACUUUAGGAAGGGGAUCCACAAUGUGAAAAUGACAACA